AAAGUGGCGCACUGCGUGAGAAAUCAGCGAGAGCAGCAGCAGCAGAAGAAGAAAGGACUUAGUAGCGACCAAUCAAAUUAGCUCCGGGGAGCAAAGGGGCGUGGUCAUCCCUGCUCUGCGCUCGGCUUUCUAAACUCGCCUCCCGCGGCGGGAAAUAGAAAAUAAAUGUGUUUGUGCGUCCAUAAUAUACUUAAUUUACUAAAUAUACUUCACCUCGGUGGAAGACCAAAGACUGAAAUGUCCACGCUGGUCGCAGCUCGGGCAAGAUCCUCUGACGAAACCUCCCCCCUUUUUUUAACCGCAGGAACUUACCUGCGGGAUGAAAAAACCCACACCGAAAACUGAAUAAAGUUCCAGAGGAAGGUGAGCUCACAAUCCUUACAUCUGCCGUCAUUCACACACCAACAUGGCGAACCUCAGCCCGCCGCUGCAGGUCCUUCAGAAGCGACUUAUGAAAGACAUGACCGCGCCGAUAGUCAAGUUCUUCCAAGGCGUGGAGGGUUACCAAGGUGAGGUCAUCCGCCGUUACCAAGAGGAGAACCGCCGUUACCAAGAGAAGAACCACCGUUACCAAGAGAAGAACCACCGUUACCAAGAGGAGAACCACCGUUACCAAGAGGAGAACCUCCGUUACCAAGAGGAGAACCGCCGUUACCAAGUGGAGAUCCGCCAUUACCAAGAGGAGGACCGCCGACACCAAGAGGCGAUCCGCCAUUACCAAGAGGAGGACAGCCGACACCAAGAGCAGAACCACCGUUACCAAGAGGAGAACCGCCGUUACCAAGAGGAGAACCAACGACACCAAGAGGAGAACGGCUGUUACCAAGAGGAGAUCAGCCGUUAUCAAGGGGAGAUCCGCCAUUACCAAGAGGAGGACCUCCGACACCAAGAGGAGAACCGCCGUUACCAAGAGGAGAUCCGCCAUUACCAAGAGGAGGAUCGCCGACACCAAGAGGAGGACCGCCGACACCAAGAGGAGGACCGCCGACACCAAGAGGAGAACCAUCGUUACCAAGAGGAGAACCGACGUUACCAAGAGGAGAACCGACGUUACCAAGAGGAAGACCGUCGACACCAAGAGGAGGACCGCCGACACCAAGAGGAGAACCACCGUUGCCAAGAGGAGAACCGCCGUUGCCAAGAGGAGAACCGACGUUACCAAGAGGAGAUCCGCCAUUACCAAGAGGAGGACAAGCGACACCAAGAGGAGGACCGCCGACACCAAGAGGAGAACCACCGUUACCAAGAGGACAUCCGCCAUUACCAAGAGGAGAACCGCCGACACCAAGAGGAGAAGCACCGUUACCAAGAGGAGAACCGACGUUACCAAGAGGAGAUCCGCCAUUACCAAGAGGAGAUCCGCCAUUACCAGGAGGAGGACCGCCGACACCAAGAGGAGGACCGCCGACACCAAGAGGAGAACUGCCGACACCAAGAGAAUGACCGCCGAAACCAAGAGGAGAACCACUGUUACCAAGAGGAGAACCACUGUUACCAAGAGGAGAACCGACGUUACCAAGAGGAGAACCGACGUUACCAAGAGGAGAACCACCGUUACCAAGAGGAGAACCGACGUUACCAAGAGGAGAACCGACGUUACCAAGAGGAGAACCGCCGCCUGCGCCGCCUCCUGAAGGGAAUGUGCAACUCGGAGAUGAAAGAUUGUAACAAAUCAGCUUCUACUGUCGGAGAGCAAGCACCGAAGCGCGACACUCCUGUCGAGCCAGAAUUAGCAGAGCCUCUGAUGAAAAAGGCUAAAAUGGAUCAGACUGAACAAUUGACCUCUGGUGCAUCCGAGCCACUGACGGCUGAAGAAGUUUUGCAGCCAACCGGUAUUGUCUCUAAAGAGAAGCCAACCGGUAUUGUCUCUAAAGAGGAGCCAACAGAAAUGUCCGUGUCGCAUGUUGUAUCUUUAUCAGAGACAUGUCCUAAAGUACCUAAAGAGGAUCCAACAGAAAUAUCUGUGUCACAUGUGGUAUCUUUAUCAGAGACAUGUCCUCAAGUACCUAAAGAGGAUCCAACAGAAAUAUCUGUGUCACAUGUGGUAUCUUUAUCAGAGACCUGUCCUAAAGUACCCGAAGAAGAGCACCUAGAAGUACCUGAGCCCUGUGCAGUUGAGCCAUUGGCUAAAAAACCUGAUGGCUCUGAUGCCAAAGAGAAAGACAACAAAAGGCUUGAGGACAACAUCACCAGCCCACUACAGGAUAUUACCUUUGGAAACCUCAACACAACCCCAGAAAUCCCUCGGCCAAGAUGUAGUAAGAAACUCGACAACCUUGGAUCUCUGAAACCACCAAAAACUUCAGACACAAAGACAGUGGAAGACACUCUGCAGAAGACAAUCUACAAGUUUCCAAGGAGGAAGCCCGACGAGCGCCACAGUGUUGUUACUGACUCACCUGAUAACACGUGUUUUUUGCAGACACUUUUCCAAGACUGCAAGAACUUGCCUGAAAACAAGAAACCUCUGUUGUUUGUCAAAUAUAUUACCAAUGAGAAUAUCAGACUAAUGAACAGACCUCGUAAUGAUGCCAGCCAGUCGUCAAGAGGGAACUUCACAUAUCACAGUGAUGCUCCUGAAUGGCCGCAGAUGCCUAUGAAGGAUCACGCUUUGAAGCCAGUAACAUGUCUUCCAGAGAUCAGGGACAGAGAGCUGAAGGACAGACAAGUCAUUAAUUGUGAUGCUGAGCACAAGGAGGUGACCGAGCGACUGCAAAAGCUAUCAGGGCGGCGUCACUCAAAGCUCCUGAUAUUUUCAGGCGCACAAGAGGAGGAAAUGAAAAGCCAAGCUCUCGGCGAGUACUGUCGCAACGUAUGUGUCAACUGGUCCCCCUGUUCUCUGGUUAUACAUCCAGAUGCCGCAUGGCUGGGAGCCAUGCCGCACGGCAUGGUGUACGACCCCAAGGAGACUCCCACUUUUGGACUGGUCCACAUCAGCUGCUCCAGUCUCCAGAGUUUCAUGGCCUGCCCCUUUUUGAGUUUCCAGGACGAAGCGGUGCGCCUAAAACCCUUGAACAACCUCUACUGCAACAUCCAAGGAGAGAUAAUGGUGACGGGGGUUUCGUGGUGCGACCUGGUGGUGUUUGCCAAAGAUGACAUGCUGGUUCAGAGAAUUUACCGGGACCGAGGCAGGAUCGAGAGCCUGAAGAAACAGUUGGAUGUUUUUUAUUCUCAGCACUAUCUGCCAAGUAUUUCGAAGACCUGAGUACAUUUUUCAGUCAUUCGUUCAGGAUUGUCUUGGUCAAAGUUCUUCGGUUUAUCUCAGGUUUAUGCUACUGAGAUCCGACCAAGCUAAGUCUAUGAGCAUGAACUGAUGAAGCCUACUCGGAUAAGAGGCAAAACAAACAGUCAAGUUGCGGUCGAUUGAAGGCCCUGAGAUGACAAUGACCUGGAUGAAGGAGAAUAUCCACAGAAAGUUCCUCAGGUUACUAAUCUGGCCCGCCGGACAUUCCCAAACAUUUUUUUUAGAUCUUUAAGAUGGAAACUGUCGCUGCCAUUAUGAUGUGCAGUGAUGUUUUCAAAUUAAAGUAAGUCUUGAACUAUAAAAAGUAUUUCAAUGGUUGGAAUCUGCACCUUCGCAUGAUAUGCUAGUUACUAUGGUAAUGUAAGUCACAGCAGCUCAGACAAGGCACCAAGCAGUGUGGGUGGGGAGCGUUUCCACAGAGUGUUUCCAGAGCGGCCAAGCCUGAAAUGUGGGUGUCAGGGACUGAUGCGGAAGGAGAUUUUUACAACAAAGUUCUAAAGCUUAGUGAUAUAUCACAUAUAUCAGAUUGUAGGUGGGUUUUUUUUUUACCCUUCGCGUUCACACUUCGCUGUGUUUGUUGCAUUUUUGUUGCGUUUCGCUUGAUUGUAAAAUAUGUCGAUCGAGAGGGGGUGUGACAUUCUUUUGUUGUCAAUAUUCAGUGUUGUAUCGUUCAUAGUUAAUAUUAUAAAUCCCACAUUCUUUAUUUUCAUGAACAUUCUGGGUGUCUCAUUCAGUAAAAACAUUUUUUAAUUCCAUUCUGUUUUCUGUCAUAACAGUUUUAGCAUUCAAUCAGACAUUAUUGUGAGGUUUUGUAUUAGUGUUCUUUAAAAUAAAUAUACCGGCCCCCAGACACAUUUUUUUCUCUAAAUUUGGCCCCUGAGUCAAAAUAAUUGCCCAGGCCUGUACUAAAUGCUACGUGUGCAAUAGAAUCAAACAGGCUUUGAUUCAAAUAGUGUCAAAAUACAGUGAACACACCAACAUGUACCAGGUGGUGGCGUUAAAAGUCAGGUGUGAUGGUCUCACGGCUGCCAUCCAUCGUCUAUUUAUUAGCUUCAUAAUACGACUUCCUUCGGCUUUGCUUUCACGCUGGAAAUGAGAAAAAUCUCACCAAAUGUUUUUUCCCCCUGAAGCGAUCAUGACCACGAUUGUGGCAGCUAAUGAUGUUUGCCUCAUAUUUUGAACUUGUUAAAAGGCAACACAAAUUCAUGUAGAGUCUUGCAUUCAGCCAUGUAAAGAAGAGAUUCAGAGUCCAGCAAGACCCACAAUGCAAUGCGUUUGCACUUCACACUUCCAAGCCCUAUAGAUGACAAAGGAAAUGAGUGCAAUAUCUAAGAACUAGGGCUGUCAUCAAUAACAAUUUAACUCAUUCACAAACAAUAUUGCAUCAAUCACGCAAUGUAUUUUGCUCCUUUACCUUCUAACAAAAUAAUUGCAUUUGUGUGGUCUUUUUUGAAUUGAUUGACAUUUUAACUUAAUUGAAAUUAUGCAAGGGCACAAGACUACUAGUCAUACGUGUGAUUAAUCAUGAUUAAUCCAGAUGAGUCGUUUGACAGCGCUGUAAUUAUAUAUCUUGACAAUAAUGAAUGUCAAGGGCCAAUAAAAAGCGAGCUGAAAUUUGCCCCCGGGCCACACUUUGGACACAGGAUUGCGGUAGUGUUGUCCCAAUACCAAUAUUUUGGUACCGGUACCAAAAUGUAUUUCGAUACUUUUCGGUACUGUUCUUAAUAAAGGGGACCACAAAAAAUGUCAUUAUUGUCUUUAUUGAAACAAAAAAUCUUAGGGUACAUGAAACAUAUGUUUAUUAUUGUAAUUUAGUCCUUAAAUAAAAUAGUGAACAUACUAGACAACUUGUCUUUUAGUAGUAAGUAAACAAACAAAGACUCCUAAUUAGUCUGCUGUCGUAUGCAGUAACAUAUUGUGUCAUUUAUCUACCUAUUAUUCUGUCUACAUUAUGAGGGACAAACUAAAAAUGGAUUAUUAAUCUACUUGUUCAUUUAUUGUUAAUAUCUGCUUAUCUUCUGUUUUAACAUGUUCUUUCUACACUUUUGUUAAAAUGUAAUAAUCACUUAUUCUUCUCUUCUUUGAUACUUUACAUUAGUUUUGGAUGAUACCACACAUUUAGGUAUCGAUCCGAUACCAAGUAGUUACAGGAUCAUACAUUGGUCAUAUUCAAAUUCCUCAUGUGUCCAGGGAUGUAUUUACUGAGUUUAUAAAUAUAAUAUUAUUUUUUUUUAAACGAAAAAAGAUUUUGUGAUGAUAAAAAAUAUCAAUGUAAUCAUAGUAGUAUCGACUAGAUACGCUAUUGUACGUGGUAUCAUUACAGUGGAUGUCAGGUGUAGAUCCACCCAUGGCAUGUUUACAUUGUGACGUAGGUAAGCUAUUGUAUCCUACGGUGUGUAGUGAAGUAUGUUUAGCUAUUCUUCAUCCUGCAGUGAUAAUGUUACUUGUAAGAAACUUACUUUAUUUGUCGUCAUGGAGACCAGGAUUAUUUCUUUAGAAAUAGCUAAAACACUGAGGAUGGAUGUUAGCCGCUAGCUAGCUAGCCAUGUCUUAAAGCACCUCUUCCUGAGGGUGUUUCAGUGUUAUAACUUCACCUUUAUCUUUACUUUUUACACCAAAAUGCGUCCAUUCUCCCUUUUCUGUCUACACACUGUCUGCUUGUAAGUACUCUGUGUGUGCGCGCUGCCGAACAUGCUCCUCUGCUCGUAAAACCAGCAAUGUCACCACGUGAUGAUGCGCCGCCAUGCCCGUUUAAAAAAAAGGGGGAA